AUGGCCAGCAAGCCAAAGCCAGUUGAAUCGUCGGUCUUUCGCUCCGAAGUUCGCGCUUCUGGUUUCAGCGAGGUCUGGACGCACAGCAACGACCUCAACAAAUUCCAACAGUAUGGCUGGCGAUGCACCAACAAAGAGGACUCCUACUCAAACAACACUCUGGUCGGAAACUGGAACGAAAUCCGAUGGGACUCCACCGAAUGCAACAAACGCAAGCCCAUUCCGAACAAAGAAAUCUUAGAGCAGUGGAACUCGUCCUACCGAAUUGGCUACAACAAAAACGACCAAAAAGAGCGAAAUCAACAAAGACUUUCGCAGCUCGAAGAGUCCAAAACAACCACUCGAUCGUUUCCCAGACACCAGCCUGAGUUUGAUCCUCUGGAUUAUCGAAAGAAUUACGAUUAUCAAUCAACGAGCCGACUCGCUUAUGGAACACCAUCAGAGGAGGAAAGAUACGCCAAGUACAAGAAGGAAGAAGUGACUGGACCGAUCAUUCCUUUGAAUCACAGCUUUCUCUCCCAGGUCGACAAUGCUACGCCCCGUCUUGACUAA